AACUAGAAACCAGUUUCUACCUUUUUGUGAUCUAAUAAAAAAAAGAAUCUGUGAUGAUUUUUUCUGGUGUUUCACAGCAGUUAAAUAAAUGUCAGCAUAAGCGGACCCCUCUCUAAAGGAUGGGAAUAAGAAGAAGCUCAUUGUUGAAGAGCAGUCGUGUGUUCCUCUUCUUUCCCAAUAAGCCUCCUCUGACCUCUCUGUCUUGGAAGUUUAACUCUAAUUGCUGCUUUACAUAAGAAUGAAAUCCAGGCAGGUUCGGCGAGGACUAUUUUUAGAAACGUCUGCAGUCGAACAUAUUUCCGUGGCAUAUGGUCUUAUGAUAAUUGCUAUUACUUCAGUGCACGGGUUUUUGGAAAUAAAUGAGCAACGGGAGCCAACGGGCUUGUGUGUUCCCACGAGACACCAUGGAGGGGUGCUGGUAACCCCCCAUUACACUGCAGCACACGCUCCUACACAUAUCUCGCCAUCUGUUGACACACAGUUGUUAAAAAUAGCAGUCUAGCAGAAGCUUCCUGCGUGGCCGGGACACAGGCACAGCGGGUCCCUGUGCUGUCCUGCAGAACGCCUGAAUGUCUUCACGUCUUUUUCACUGAACUUUUCCUGCAGUUCAUGUCAGUUCCUCUUUGGAUUUUACGUUGAAGGUCGUUUGUGUCUGACAUUAGGGUGAGUUGCUGCGAACCGAACGCCCCAAUGGAGCCCCAAUUUGACCAGUUCAUGCAGUUUCACCCCAUCCAUGGGACAAACGUCAGACUGGACCACACAGGAACUCAGGCUACGCGGGUGGAAAGCUUCGCCAACGGGGUUUGUUUCAGCAAAGCGCCCCUAAAGCCCGGGGAAAUCUUUCUCAUAGAGAUUGAAGAGAAGGAGCUUGGCUGGUGCGGCCACCUUCGGAUCGGUCUGACGGCCAGGGACCCUAAAAGCUUCGAGGUGGUGCCCGAGUACUCCAUCCCAGAUCUGACAGACCAGGGGGACAGCUGGGUGUUUGCAAUCACUCGUAACCACAACAAAGUCAUAGAGGAGGCUGACGUCCCAGAAAACCUAGAUGGAGGCCUUGCAGGAGGUCACAGGCUGGGGCGGGGGGAGGCAGAAGACGAAGAUCAGAGAAAUGGAGACGGCCACAACUUGAAGACGAAAAGUUUUUUCACAGAUACUCACCUUUACAUCGAGAACGUUUGCAUCCCCAAGGACAAGCUGGUUGGUCGCAGUCGGCCUGGACGCUUCAGCCACAUCCUGGAUGAUCUUUAUAAGACCAACGCUCUGCCCCCGACGGCCAGACGCAGCAGAAUAGGAGUCCUGUAUGUCCCAAAGGCCCGAGGUCUGGCUGACAUGCACAUCAUAAUCAACGGAGAGGACAUGGGAGCCUCCGCAAAGGGGAUACCAGCAACCAACCCGCUGCACGCCGUGGUGGACGUCUUUGCCGCCACAAAAAGUGUCCGCAUCGUUCAAUCUCAUCACUGCAAACACUCUGCAGGAAGGCCAUCCAGAACAACAUUGUCCACAGGAUGGCAAUUGACUGGCUGGAGCUACCUGAGACACUAAAGCAUCUCUGCAAAUAUGAAUAAAGCAUAAAUAAAUUAAAAAAUAACUGUAAA